AAUGAAGAUUUACCGGAUGUUAUCAUGUUCGAUGCGGCAAAGGAAGAGUUACUCAAUAUCCCCGACACAAGACUUCCCCAAGAGCUCUCUGAUUCCAGGCUCAUCGGAACUUCUCAUGGAUGGGGAUUUUUCUCUAACUUGUGCGACCGUUCCUUAUGCAUCUCCGACUACCUGAACCCACUGUCUUCCACAUCAAACCCCAAGGUGAUUUCUCUGCCUCCGCUUACUUCUCUCUACACUUGCCAAACCCAAGUCUUGUGCAACGUGGCAAUGUCCUCUUCUCCUUGUGAUCAUGAAGAUUGGGUAGUUGCUCUCAAGUUCUUGGGCAGACAGCUUAGCCUCUGUAGACCCAAUCGUGACUUGCGUUGGACUAACAUCCUAACUCCUUUUACCUUCUUGGAAAACUCAAAUCUCAUGUAUUCCAAGAGAGACCAUAAGUUCUACUUGCCCGCUCCUGGAAGCAACCACUUGUGCUCUCUGGAUCUCCAAUUUAAGAAAGACCACAACCCUAAGUUCCAUAAGUUCCUGUAUCACAACCGUCCCAAGUUGUCACAGCGCGAGCACGAGCUCUUGAGUUCCUGUUCCAAGGCAGAACACUGGGUGGAGUCUCCCUCAGGCGAACGCUUCCUAGUCAAAUGCUACUCAUACUUCUCCCAGUUUCUGGACAGAGUCCCUGUGUUCAUGGUCUUUAGAGAGGAAGAGACGACCGAGAAAGGCACCAUCAUGUGUUACACAGAGGACAUUGGAGAUGUGUGCAUCUUCAUCUCAGGGACUGACCCUUUCUGCGUCGAGGCUAGCUUGUGCCCUGGUCUUGUCCCAAACUCCAUCUAUCUAAUGGAAUCUAUCUUUGGUGUUUACGAUCUCACCACCAGAAGUAUCCGUCAUUUCGAAGACCAAGUUGAAUGGCCACCAAAACCAGAAGAGGUUGAGUUUGCCUUCCUCCCUUACUGGCUUCCUCCGAUUUCUAUCUAACCUCUUUAUCUCUUACGUUCCCCUCUUCUUGUUGUUGUUGAUUUCUGAUUUGUUUGCAUAUAAUCAUGUUUGCUUCAUUACUCUUAUGGAUAGAAAUCCUCAUCUAAUAUUUCUUUGUA